AUGGGUCACGCCCACCACCAACAUUUCCACGACAGGAUGGUAGAGUUGGCGCGACGACAAGAUGGCGUCAGCACAGAUGGAGGUACAGUCUACUCUGUUGUCUAUGUGACCGCCGAGCCAACCUUCACUGGUGUUAUUGGAGGCUACACAACCUUGAGCGCAGGAUCCAACAGCAUCCCCGCGGUAGCCACUGCUUCCACAGGAGGCGCGCAAGAUGCUGGAACAACCGGGGCAUCCGUGGAGUUCAGCACUGCUCCGGCGGAGACAGUUGUUGUCACCGCCAGUGCAAGCAACUCCUUUGACACCGCUGCGGGAGCAGCGACUACCGCAGCAACUACAGGACCAGACUCAGUCCCCAGCGCCUCUGUAUCGACGACCUUGUCAACCAACAAUGUGGCAGCUUUCACCAGUUCCGGCGCUUCGUCCACUGGUGCAGUCUCUCAGAAAGACUCCUCAAGCGGCUCGAGCGGUGGAAUGGGAACGGGUGCAAAGGCGGGGAUUGCCAUUGGCGUCAUUGCAGUCGUCGGUAUCAUCGCAGUGUUCCUUCUCUGGCUCCUAGGGAAGAAGAAGAGGGAACGGGAGGCUCAAGCGAACAAGGACAAUGAGAAGUCGACCUACGGAGCUGGGGCCCCUGCUGCCACUGAACUGAUCAACAGAAGUCCCACCAUCUCCAGCACCACCGCACCUAGAUUAAGUUUGCGACCUGUUUCUCGAAUGCUCCCAGAAUUCGGCCAACCUAACAAAGCACGACUGAGCGGUGGUAAUCUCUUGAACACCGCCGGAGCGCCUGGUGCUGCUUCAGGUCGAAAUCUUUCGCCAUCUCCUCAACAACCCCGUGGACCAAGCCCGGCUCGCAGCCCAGUGCUGCGUGAGAACCCUUUCGCAGAUCCAGAGAAUUCAGAGAAGCCAGAGAAUCCAUUUGCCGAUCCUGAAAAGGCUGUCGCUGGCCCAGUCCACGCUGUGUCAGCUCCUGGUGCUGUGCCGACACCUCCCGCCCCCGCCCCCUCUGCCACUCCUGUCGCUGCUGCUACUGCCGCUCUCGGUGGCGUUGCUACUGCUGCAGCUCUUCAAGCGAAGUCGACCCCGGCCCCUGGCCCUGGGCCUGUCGCAGGCCGAUCACCUUCGCCUGCACAAGCACCUGCGGUCAACAGCGGAUCUGCACCACAACCUCCCGUCGCAGCCACUCCUCAACCCCAAGUUGCCACAAGAGACUCUUCUGCAAUUGGUCCAUCUACGCCUGUCACCUCGGCUCCGAUUGCGGCCGCUGCAGCUCCCGCCGGGUCUCCAGCAAGCGAACCACCUCAAGGCAAUGUUUACCGUGUCCUGCUGGACUUCGUCCCUUCCAUGGAUGACGAGCUAGAGCUCAAGAACGGUCAACUAGUUCGACUGCUCCACGAGUAUGACGACGGAUGGGCCCUUUGCAUUAGGCUUGAUCGCUCUCAACAGGGUGUUGUCCCUCGUACGUGUCUCGCCACCAAGCCGUCAAAGCCAAAGCCAUCCCAUCUGAACCAGUACGCUCGACCUGCUGCACGUGGUCCGGGACCGGCCUCUCGCCCCAUGUCGCCCGCCGGAACUCCUCGCAGCCAAUACUUCAACUCUCCUCGGCCGGGCAUGGCAUCUCCUGCGCGCCCAAUGUCACCUGCAGGCAGACCCAUGAGUCCCGCGGGCGGCCCUAGGCGACCAAUGUCUCCCGCAGGUGGCCCUCGACGACCAAUGUCCCCUGCACCCAUGUCUCCUGCAGGUUCCAUGCGACCAUCAAGAUCAAUGAGUCCUGGACCUGGCCAAUUCAACCAAGCCCCUCGACCGCUCUCUCCAGGUCCCGGCCCUCAACAGAAGCGGAGCAUGUCGCCAGGACCGUCUCGAUCGUCUCCCAUGGCCGAUGUCACCCGACGACGAAGCAACUCAGCGACCAUUGUUCGGGAUAAGCGCAACUCGCCGAUCGGCCCGUCCAAGCUUGGUCUUGGUCCAUCCGCUCCGGGCACCGCCUUGUGA